AUGUUUUCCACGACUCUUCGUACAUUUGGAACAGUUGUCACUAGAAGUGUUAUUCGACAGACUCCUCGAGUACAAGAUGUUCGAGCCUUUUCUACUUUAGGGCCUCGUUUAGGAGAACUCGGUCCUAAUUUUUUUGGUCCUGGUGCAAAAGACGGCACUGUAGCAACUGAUCUCGAACAUGCUACUGGUCUUGAACGUGCUGAAUUGCUCGCCGCCAUGGAAGGUAAAGAUUUGUUCGAAAUGAAGCCUUUAAAGAUAACAAAAUAUGGUACAAAAAAAGAUCCCAUUAGAGUUAAAAGUGUUGAUCCUGUCCGUUAUGUGGGCUGCACUGGAUUUCCGGUUGAUUCCCAUGAACUUCUAUGGCUUGUUCUGGAUAAGAAUCAUGAAUUUGAUCGAUGCCCAGAAUGUGGCCAAGUCUUCAAAAUUAAUUAUAUUGGUACUGAAGGUGGUCAUGGCCAUGGCCAUUAG